AUGGAUGAAUUUACUCCGAGAUAUUUGAUGUCAGAGCUAAAUGACAAUUCAACUUUCGUCAUGAAACGCGUAAAAAAUAGAGACGGAACGAAAGAACAAAAGCUUAUGAAUGCGGAUGACGUAGAUAGGGAAAUUGUUGAAAACGGUCUCGGAAUAUAUGAAAUGCCAGCAGAUGAGGUACAAGAAACUCCACAGGAAGAAGUUCAGAUACAACCAGACAUGGAAGAAAUAGUUCAGCAACAACAGCUAGAAGAGCCUGAAGGAAACGAACAAGUCACUCCUUUGGAAACUAACUUCACAGAACUAGAUGAAGAUUUGGAACAGCCGAAAAAUCUUGACCCUCAACAAGAGUAUGCGGAGAAUAUGGAAUAUUUCCAAGAGUCUAAAAAAAAUUCGGCUGACAUAGUAGAAGAAUAUCGAAAAAUGUUUGCCGACAUACAAAAGACUCCAACAUCAGAUGAAAAUAUCCAGCAUAGAAUGGAAGAACUGAAAAAAAAUGUACACAAAUACAACAACCCUUUUUACUUACGAGCAUUUAACGUUCAAUCUUCGGAUGAACUCGGUGAAAAUAAAAGGUUAAAUUUCAAGAAAACAUAUAGAAAUGAAACAUUGUUUAAAGUUCAUUCAGAACCUAACCAAGAUGGAAACAAACCUACUUUUGUUUCUGCAGACGAUGGAACUACAAUGAGAUGGGGUCAUAAAGCUAAUCCAGAUAGGUGGUUCAUAAACUUACAACCACAAUUCCAAGAAGUUGUAGACGCAAUGGAAGUCAAUGGUGAACGAGAUAUAGCUGGUAUUUUAAGCGCGGCUUUAAUGCCAUUGAAAGAUAUGAAACAUGCAGAUAUUUUGGACCAGUAUGAAAUGAACAUGGCUGAUGGAAAUAUAACACCUGACGUUCUAAAACAUUUAUCUCAAAGAACUACACAGAACCAUAGAGAUGGUAUAUUUGGUGA